CACCCAUGGAUCAAGCAGACCGACGAAGAGACCCAUGCUGCUGCUGACGCACCACCGCUGGCUACUCCUCUCUCCAACCGCCAGAAGGAGACCAUCCUGGAUCCCAAGGGUGCAGACCUUGCACCCUACCAGCCCUCACCAGUCGACCAACCCUCUGCGCAAAGCGAACGGCGGGUGGAUUUCCGGUCGCCCGGGGCGGUCAACCUUCGGGAGGUUUUCGACGUGGGCUACGCCGUGCACCGGAAGGAAGAAGAGGGGAAGCGACGUAAGAAUUUCCGCCAGGGAUUCACGUCGAACCUCAAUCCUCUCAACGAAGAUUACGAUGAUGAGGAUGAGAUUAUCUACUACGGACCGGAAUCCGGUGCGGACUCCGGUGGUGACGAUCCACCGGCGAAGAUUCCCAGGCCGCCCGAGCCCGCCAACGACGUGUCCGCCAUGGAAGCGAAGUUGCGCUCGACCAACCUGGGGACGCAGCCCAGCAGUGCGGCCCAAGCGAGACAAGCCGCAGCUGGUCGACAUCAGCAAGGCUAUGGCCAGCACAGUGCUGCAGUCGCGACGGCAGCAAAACAAAAUGCAGCGCGGAAUGCGAAGCAACCUUUCGAACUCAGCUUGGACAACGCAACAUUACUGGAGAGACGAAACAGAAGACAGGCGGGGCAACAACAACAACAACAACAACAAGUGGCAUGA